ACAGUCGCGUCAUACCUCGCGUGGCCAACGGCUCUCCCCAACGGAAAGCUCGCUCAAUGAAUCAUCGCCGCUGUCUUACGCCGGUUGAUUUAGUGCCGUGUUUUGGAGCCAUUCCGCCCAUGAAAGCGCAUCAAAAAACGCGCUAAUGCCACACACGCCACGGUCCUUUAUUUCAUUCGACUAAGGGUGGCGGAGCGUGCUUUCCCAGGCUCGCUUCCUGGGUUUUUGUUGGGGGGGGAGGUCGGGGAGGCACUGGUCCCGGGAGUGGAGAGAUGAUGGAGCUCGAGUCGGCCAGUAAUCGGGGCGAACUGGGAUCCAUGGGGGAUCCCCUGCAGCCACAGACGCCGAGCAGACACGAAAAAAGCCUGGGACUCCUCACCGCCAAGUUCGUAACUUUGCUGCAGGAAGCGAAGGACGGCGUGCUGGACCUGAAAGCCGCUGCAGACACACUGGCCGUGCGGCAAAAGCGGCGGAUCUACGACAUCACUAAUGUGCUGGAGGGAAUUGGCCUGAUAGAGAAAAAGUCCAAGAACAGUAUCCAGUGGAAAGGUGUGGGUCCAGGUUGCAAUACCAGAGAGAUAGCGAACAAGCUGAAUGAUCUGAAGGUAGAACUUGAUGAUCUGGCCAAGAAGGAACAUGAGCUGGACCAGCAGAGAAAUUGGGUGCAGCAGAGCAUCAAAAAUGUCACAGACGACUCUGACAAUAGUCCAAUGGCAUAUGUCAAACAUGAGGACCUCUGUGGCGCUUUCAAAGGUGACACCCUCCUGGCGAUACGCGCUCCAAUCGGCACUCAACUCGAGGUGCCAAUACCAGAAGCCGUUAUGAACGGACAAAGGAAGUACCAGAUCCGUCUGAAAAGUUCAUCCGGCCCCAUUGAGGUUUUACUGGUCAAUAAGGAUGCAUCCAGUUCCUCGCCAGUUGUUUUGCCUGUCCCGCCCCCAGAUGACGUCCUCCAGAGCCUCCCUGCACCGUCACUCUCCUCCCAGGCUCCUAAAGCAGCUCCAGUAUCGCUAAAGCCUAGUUCUGCUUCACCAUCCGCCAGCCAGUCAAGCUCAGUUGCAGAAGUGACCAGCACCACACCACUCACUCCAACCACAGACGCCCCUGCGGCCAUGACUCAGCAACUUCAAUCCUCUGCCUUAUUGGAUGGAUCUGUGUCUUCUUCUGCAUCGACAGUGUUUGAACCCGUUAAGUCGGGCCCGUCUGAACUGCUGGACUUUCCCAAAGAGCUCUCAGAGAUGUUUGAUCCAACAAAAGAGAUCAUGAGCGGAGAUUUGUUGGAGGACCUGAUGUCAUCGGAAGUGUUCUCGCCUCUCCUGCGUCUGUCCCCGCCGCCCAGCGACCAUGAAUACAUCUACAACCUGGAUGAGACCGAAGGCCUGUGUGACCUCUUCGACGUGCCCAUCCUUAACCUCUGACCCUCCAAAGAUGGCCACCGAAACUCUCUUAAGCUAAUGUUCCCUUACAACUACCUUCAUGAUGGUGAAGAAGUAGAGCAGCACUGUUGACAGACUCCUAUGAACAGGGAGCUCCAUAGCGCCACGUAAGGGGGAAACACAGCAUUUUUUAUUUGAUUUUCAGCAUUUCCAUGGAUCAACACAAAAAAGAACAAAUCUAUUUUUGAAUUACUGAUUAUAUGUCCCAUCCGUGUACGGACUUGCAAAUGAAUGUGUGUAGGCUUAACGUGUGUGCGUGUAUACGCAUACUAUUGUGUGUUUUGUACGAUUAAGUCCAGUGUCUUCAGGGGGAAGAAAACAAGAAACAUUUUCCUAUCAGGUCCAGAGUCAUGGUGGACUAACGGAGCGCAGCCUUUAUCACCCGCCAGCUGCUCACUCGUGGCUUGAAUCAGUCCAAACGCAGCUGGUUAAAUAUGCACUAUCUUUGUGUACAUAAAGAAUAUAUAUUUUGUCUUAGGAGCACACCAGUCAAUUGUCUAUUGCAUUUGUAACAGAAGAAGAUAUAGUUGGUUGAAAUAGCUUUUUUUCCCUUUUCUGUAAAGUCAACCUGUGUAUUUUAUUUCCCCAUACACUGUAUGCUAAUAGAAUAGCAUUUGUAUCUGCUAGAUUUUUUUAAAGGAUCCAUUCGGGGCUGUACAAGCUAUAGUAUAUGGAAUUGAGCGGCUCUAUUUGCUGGAUCAUCAAAGCAUCUUGUCUCGGUGCACUUUACAUCACACUGAACCACCACUUUUUCAGACCAUGGUCACCAGCCAUUGUGUUUGCGCCUAAUCCUUCAAUGCAACACCAAGUACUUUGGAGUUUAGGGAAGACGAUUCAGCACAACUUGAUGAGUAAAGUGUGUGAGUGAGCCAAAUGGAAAUUAAGUUACAACUUCUCAUGCCUUUUUUUAACAGGCAAUGUGUAUUUGCAUCAGAGGAAACUAAAUAAACACUGUUAUCUUUUUA